CGGCCUUUUCAGCAUCCGGGUCCUAAGCCCGUGUCUUUGUUUACUUGGUACGGAAAGGGGCGGUUCGGCUUUCUCUCCGCUGGAGGCGAGUCGGUCAGCUGAGGCAGGGCAUCUGCGGCGGCGGCUUUUUCCUUCGAGCCGGUUGUCUCGAGAGCGCUUCUGCGGCGAAGUUUUCCAAAACUCCAAUAUGUCUGGGUUCCUUGAAAACAUGAGAUGUUCUGAGUGUGUUGACUGGGGAGAAAAACGAAAUACAAUAGCUUCUAUUGCUGCUGGAGUGCUGUUCUUUACAGGUUGGUGGAUUAUCAUAGAUGCAGCUGUUAAAUAUCCACAUUCAGAUGACUUCAACCAUUCAUACCAUGCUUGUGGAGUAAUAGCUACAGUUGCAUUCCUAAUGAUCAAUGCAGUAUCCAAUGGACAAGUGCGUGGGGACAGUUACAGUGAAGGUUGCCUUGGGCAAACAGGUGCUCGCAUCUGGCUGUUCAUCGGAUUUAUGUUGGCAUUUGGAUCUCUGAUUGCAUCUAUGUGGGUCCUCUUUGGAGGCUAUGUUAUUCAAGACAAAGAAAAGAUCUCUGUUUACCCUGGGAUAGCAGUCUUCUUCCAAAAUGCUUUUAUAUUCUUUGGAGGCCUGGUCUUUAAGUUUGGUCGCACUGAAGAUUUGUGGCAAUAAGCAACAGAAUGUGUCCUAUUUUUAAUUGCCCACUCCCUUUUGUAAGCAUUUGUGCUCUGGUAUCAGUGAGGAUGAAAACUGACGGCGCUUGAAAUCAUGAAAUUUGUUUGUUUUUCAUUCUUUUUGAGACUGUUUUCUACUCUUGGCUUCUGACAUUAAAUAUGUAGCAUGUGAACUAAAAUGUAAAACUGAGAAAGAGAUAACACUUAUGAAGUCCCCUUCCUGAUUGUUUUUAUAAACGAAUAUUAAACAAUGUAAAUGCUUCUUUUACAGAUCAUA